GUCACAUCAAAUGCAGCCCUGACAAGAGCGGCCAUUUUAUUUCAAUCAGUGUCGUGACGUUGUGGAAUUUCAGAGCUUGCGAAAAAAUCCAGAGAAAUCCAUUGGAAAAGCGAGAAAUUUUUGACAAAAACAACAGAUAUUGAUAUUUUGUCGGGGCCAUGUCGCGCAAACGGAUGAAGAAAUUUGGCAAGAUUUUGAGUGUCUUUGAGCCAGAGAAACUCAUUAAUGCCGAUGAUUAUGCUACUUGUGGCUUGGUCCAGGCCAAGAAUCGUGAAAAUGUUGCCUUUGGGGCCGAGAAGGGGCCUCCGAAGGGGCCUCCGAAGGGGCAUCCGAAGGUGCAGAAGCCUCAGAGUUGUGCCACCGCCACCGCCACACCGAAUCUGCGUGCCCCGCCGAUCGCCAAAGUGCAAGUGCAACAGCAGAAGGGGUCGUCCUCCUUCGGGGCUCCAAAAGUGUGCCCCAUCUCGAUCAGAGGCAAGGUGCUGCAGAAGCUUCAGUCGAAUGGCGGUAAGAAACGCUCGUCGCCGCGGAGCACCGAUAAUGAGGCGUACGUACCGCUGGAUUACUAUCCAGUGCCGGACGAGGCCCCCGCCGAUGCCGUGUCGACGAAGAAGGCCAAGAAGAAGCCGCGCAAGCGCAUUCGCGUCCGCAACAAGAUGUACAGCGAGAUUGUCGAUAGGGCCUUGGAGAUCUUGGCCCAGAAAGCCACCGAUGUGCUGCAUGCCCGCGGCUUGCGCGUCUGGGAUGAAAACUGCGAGGCCGAAAUCUACGCGGUGAUCAAUCAGUUGAUCCUCUCCGAGAGCCUGCCCGCACGCAUAGCGGCCGCUAUUGCCGAGACAGACGGGCGGGUGAGCGCAGAAGAGGCGACACUCGUCGAAAAUGCUGUCGCCAAUAACCUGAAAGCGGCGGCACGUGCCCUCCUGAAGCGGAAAGUAGAAGAUGCAAAAAACCCACCUGCCGCCGGAGGAGCUGCUCACGCGCCAGUGUUACCCAUCGCCAAGGAGUUGGUCGAGCGACGAGCUGCCGCCAAGAUUGCCGAGCACUUGCCGCCGCUGAGCGUCAUCACCAAUAAGGUGGAAAACAUUUGUCGUUUGGCCGAAGAAUUCUUCGGGGAGUGGGGGGCCACCAACUCACUCGAUCGAAUCGAAGGAUUUCAUGUGGGAUCAUUCUUGGCCGAACUGAAGGCCAUGUCCUCACCGAAGGAGGACGAAGGGUUGGCCAAACAUCAUGCCGGGAUCGACGAAAUAAUGUCUUUGCUGAAGAACUUUAAUGAUUUGACCCAGAUGGUUAACGAACAGGAAGACUCAGGGCCCGAAGAAGGAGCUCAAGCAGGACCCGAAGCAGGAGAAGGAGAAGGACCAGGGCCAGGGCCAGGAGCACGCCCUAGAAGAGUGGUCGAAAAGGCCGAUAAGAACGUUGGCACAGACGGAGGUAUAAGUAUGUGGAUACCCGCACCUGUGCCCAAGUAUUGUGCCGCCAAGAAGGCUGAACAGCUCCGUCAGUUGGCCGCAGCUGAACAGGAUCAGGCCACGGACGGAUUCAAUAAGCACGCCUUUUACGCAGAGCUGGCUGCCCAGGAGGAAGCCAAAGCUGGGCUCAAUCAAACGGUCUAUAUGCAGACAGAUCCCCCGAUGAUGCCCGCUGAAGAUGUGGCAGACCUUUCCGAAUCGUUUGCCGGCCUCUCCGUGGGGUCCCAGGAGCCAACCCAGGAGGAGAAUGAAUUUGGCCAUUGGGCCCAGCGAAUGAUGUCCAUGGUCAGGGAUCUGGAUGAUUUGGGUGACUUGGUAACGGAUGCCAUACACGGUUAUCGCGCCAUACAGCAAUCAGCCGCUGAGAACGCCGAACAGAUUCGUCUGUUGGCCGAAGCCGGCAACGCCGCGGAGCAGAACCAGCCGGAAGAUAUAGCAGAUCCGAUUCCGGAAAUACAAUCAAAUUUGGAUUUGGAUGAACGGACAGCCCGUAUACUGCUGCUGGAGGAACAAAUAAUGAAUGCCAGAGAGGGUCCAGAGCUCAACGCACCGAUGCCGAACGCCGUGCCGGAGGGUAUCCCGGAGGUGAAUGAUUUGCCAAAGAACCCCACCGAUAAUGCAGAUGAAAUGAUGUUUUUCGAUACCACCAACGAUGACGGACAGACGAAGGAAUGGUAUGAAAAUGGAGUGAAGGUAACCGGCAAGUACUGGCCAAUGAUUGUGGGCGGCACCUUUGUCUGAUGGAAGCCC